AUGGGUUACCACCGUCUGCUCGUGUGCAUCAUCUUAUGCAGCAGAUACUAUUCGUUGGCUUUUGCAGUAAAUCUGAACAAGUUUGCCGUCGUGCCAACUAGCUCGUUCGAGCAACAAGCAACAUGCUCUCCAUCAAGUGUGAGUUCCGACCCGAACCGCGCUUCCGUGCCCUUGGUACACCGGCACGGCCCGUGCCCGCCGUCGCCGUCGGCGGCGAGCGGCAAGCCGUCUCUCGCCGAGCGGCUCCGCCGUGACCGCGCCCGCGCGAACCACAUCAUCACCAGGGCGUCCGGCCGCCGCACGGCCACGACGGCGUCGGACGCCGGCGACCGCGGCACGAGCAUCCCGACGUUCCUGGGCGACUCCGUCGACUCGCUGGAGUACGUCGUCACGUUGGGCGUCGGCACGCCGGCCGUCCAGCAGACCGUCCUCAUCGACACCGGCAGCGACCUGUCGUGGGUGCAGUGCAGGCCGUGCGGCUCCGGCGAGUGCUACCGGCAGAAGGACCCGCUGUUCGACCCGAGCUCCUCGUCGUCGUACGCCUCGAUCCCGUGCGGCUCCGACGCGUGCAGGAAGCUCGCGGCCGGCUCGUACGGCCAUGGCUGCGCGACCAGCGUCUCCGGCGCCUCGGUGUGCGAGUACGGGAUCGAGUACGGCGACGGCGCCACCACGACGGGGGUGUACAGCACCGAGAGGCUGACGCUCAAGCCCGGCGUCGUCGUCACCGACUUCGGCUUCGGCUGCGGCGACCACCAGCACGGCCCGUUCGACAAGUUCGACGGCCUCCUCGGGCUCGGCGGCGCGCCGGAGUCGCUCGUGUCGCAGACGUCGUCCCGGUUCGGCGGGGCCUUCUCGUACUGCCUCCCGCCGGCGAGCGGCAGCGCCGGGUUCCUCACCCUCGGCGCGCCGAGCACCAACGCGGGCUUCUCGUUCACGCCGCUGCGCCGCAUUCCCGGGGCCCCGGCGACGUUCUACACCGUGACGCUCGCCGGCAUCAGCGUCGGCGGGGAGCCGCUCGCCAUCCCGCCGUCGGCGUUCUCGAGCGGCAUGAUCAUCGACUCCGGCACGGUCAUCACGGCGCUCCCGGCGACGGCCUACGCGGCGCUCCGGUCGGCCUUCCGGAGCGCCAUGUCCGAGUACCGGCUCCUGCCGCCGUCGGACGGCGGGCUCGACACGUGCUACGACUUCACCGGGCACAGCAACGUCACCGUGCCGAGGGUGUCCCUGGCGUUCGCCGGCAGCGCCACGGUCGAGCUCGCCGUGCCGUCGGGCGUUCUGGUCGACGGCUGCCUCGCCUUCGCCGGAACAGGGACGACGGACGGCGCCAUAGGAAUCAUCGGCAACGUGAACCAGCGCACGUUCGAGGUUCUGUACGACUCCGGGAAGGGAACCGUCGGGUUUAGGGCCGGUGCUUGCUGA